AUGGAUUCUAGGCUUCCUUGGGCUACUACCAGCCCCACCCUUGGAGGCACCCUCUCUGUCCCCAAUGCCACGACACCCUGGCUGGGCCGGGAUGAGGAGCUGGCCAAGGUGGAAAUUGGGGUCCUAGCCACUGUCCUGGUCCUUGCAACAGGAGGCAACCUGGCUGUGUUGCUGACUCUGGGCCAGCCAGGCCGCAAACGCUCCCGCAUGCACCUGUUUGUGUUACACCUGGCCUUGACUGACCUGGGUGUGGCGCUCUUCCAGGUGCUGCCGCAGCUACUCUGGGACAUUACCUACCGAUUCCAAGGCCCUGACCUCCUCUGCCGGGCUGUCAAGUACCUGCAAGUGCUCAGCAUGUUCGCCUCCACCUACAUGCUGCUGGCCAUGACACUGGACCGCUACCUGGCGGUCUGUCACCCCUUGCGCAGCCUCCAGCAGCCCAGCCAAUCCACCUACCCACUCAUCACUGUGCCCUGGUUGCUGGCCGCAGUCCUCAGCCUCCCCCAAAUCUUCAUAUUUUCCUUGAAGGAAGUGAUCAAGGGCUCAGGUGUGCUGGACUGCUGGGCAGACUUCCGCUUCCCCUGGGGGCUACGGGCCUACAUCACCUGGACCACCCUGGCCAUCUUCAUCCUACCUGUGGCUGUGCUCACAGCCUGCUACAGCCUCAUCUGCCAUGAGAUCUGUAAGAACCUGAAGGUCAAGACACAGGCCUGGAGAGUGGGAAGAGGGGGCUGGAGAACUUGGGACAGGCCCUCCCAGUCAGCCCCAGCUACAGCCACGUGGGGGCUGCCAUCCCGGGUCAGCAGCAUCAGCACCAUCUCCCGGGCCAAGAUCCGAACUGUGAAGAUGACCUUUGUCAUUGUGCUGGCCUAUAUUGCCUGCUGGGCACCCUUCUUUAGUGUCCAGAUGUGGUCUGUGUGGGAUGAGAAUGCACCUGAUGAAGAUUCAACCGAUGUGGCUUUCACCAUCUCCAUGCUUUUGGGAAACCUCAGCAGCUGCUGCAACCCCUGGAUCUACAUGGGCUUUAACAGCCACCUGCUGCCACGCCCCUUGCACCAUCUGGUCUGCUGUGGGGGUCCCCGUCCCCAGAUGAGCAGGCAGCUCUCCAAUGGUAGCCUUUCAAGCCGUCGAACCACACUACUCACCCGUUCCAGCUGCCCACCCACCCUCAACCUCAGCCUCAGUCUCAGUGGGAGGCAUGAGCCUGAAGAGUCGCCCAAGGACCUAGAGCAGGCAGGCAGGGAGGCCAUCACUGAGCUGAGCAUCUUCUAG